UCCGCCCCUUUUGCCGCUUCUCUUUCCUGCUCUUUGGUGUUUUCCGACGGUGUUUGGGGCGUAAAUAAGACCGCGAUGGGGAUGUUAAGCAGGUAUUCACUCGAUUCUGUCGGAGUUUCCCGUCGUGAAAACCGAGUGUUUGUGUGACGGAAGGAUGAGUCACAACUUGAAUUUAAAGUCAAGUGGAUGUUUGAAAUACACGAGGGAUUUCGAGUGUUUCCUUGGCCAUUGUGGGAUUCAAGGUUGGCCUCUGUGUUUUGGUUUUACUGAACUCCCAGUGAGAUUGAAUUCCAUAGACAAGUACCGGAAGUGUGUAAUAGAAAGGAACCAAGUGUACCCUUAAGCCUAGUCCCAGUCUGAAGAUUGCCUGGUAUGUACGGUCCCAGCCGAUCAAAUUACGGAGGGUAUGGCGGUUACUGGGGUGGAUAUGGCCGACCUCCACAUCCACCUCCCCCGCCCCCUGUCCCAUCUCACCAGCCACCACCACCAUUCCAUCCACCUCCUCCACCAUUUCACUUUCGUCCAGUUAGGCCGCCUCCGCACACUCUACGUCCCCCUCCACCUCCGCCUCCAAUAAGGCUUCCACGACCCCAGCAGCAGCAACAGCCACCUUACCCCCAGCCUCCCAUACAAUCACAACAAACAUGCCAGCAGCUCUACAUGCCUCAGCAGCAGGAGAGGAAGAGCCCCACCCUCAGUUCAAGCCGUCCCCAGUCCGCUCAAGCUCCAUCAAAUCAGCAAAAUUACAGAUCGAGGCAGAGCAAUGGUAGCACCUUACACAGAAGAUCCAGUGACACUCCACCGUACCAGGGCAUGGAUGAUGAUGAAGUCAUCCCUGUUGGCUUCGGGUCUCCGUUAGUGCCGAGAACAAAGGAGAAGGAAAUGGAGCCACUAAGCCCAAAGCCGCUUGUACCAAAUAAUAAAAGGCCAUUACCAGUUGAACUCGAUCCAAAUUUACCUGAAGAGUUAGUUUCAAAGUUCCAUAACAAUUCCUGUGAGUUAUGUGAAGUUAGGCUGAAUUCCAGAGUUCAAGCAAAAAAUCAUUAUGAAGGCAAGCAGCACAAGAAGAAAGUGAAAAACUAUAUAGAUAUGUUAGCAAAGGAAGGUCAGCCUCCAGCCAAAGUACCAAAGUUAGACUUGUCGACUCCAAAAAAGAAAUCAGAACCUCUGGAUGUUAGUCAGCUUUACUGUAAAUGCUGUGACCUAAGCUUUACGUCGGAGCAGCACGCACAGCAGCAUUAUAUGGGACGCAAUCACCAGAGGGUGUUACAUGGGCUCAAACCUUUGAAAGCUGGCUACUACAACAAGGAAACGGGGAAAUGGCAAAGGAUGCCGCCAGACCCACGGGUGUCUGUGGAGAGAAUCGACCUGAAUCUGGAGCCGACCUCGGACGACGGAACCGGGUCGAACUCUGACAAGCAGCUUGAUCCGGACGGGGUGAAGGAGAGAGGAAGGUUCUACUGCGAGAUGUGCAGUGUCUCUGCAACGUCGCAGGAACAGCUGGACGGCCACCUGGUGGGUCAGCGCCACAUGAAAGCCGUAAGAGCCACCGCAAAGAAGGCCAGCACGGCAGUUCCAGGGCCGACAGACAGCAUUCUCGCAAGUGUGAUAAAAGCUGACGAGGUGAAGAAACCCAAAUCAAAGGAUUUCUCCAUCUACAGGACACCCUCAGGUACCUAGGAUAGGGAAAACAUUAAGCAUAGGAGGGCAGGAUAGAGGGUCUGUCCCGCUUAGGAGAAGGGAUAGAUUUUUUCUGAAAGAUCUGCAAAGGAGUGUGUGCAUUUCCAUGGGCUUUUCCCUAGGGCAUAGUAGGAAAAUAAAGUUCCUUUGAGUCCUAUUUAAUGAGGCUAAGGAUUUAUUUUUUAUUGAGUGUGAGUAUUGUUUGUUUAUAUGAUAAGUAUCUCAAGAUUUUUAGGUGUUUUGGGUAAACCAUCCUGAAGGUUUAGGAAGGUAUGGUUGAGAUUUGGGACAUUUUGAGCACUCUUUUAUUAGUGUACUGUAUAUGUUGGCAUGUAAGGCAACUGGGUAUAUAAGAAAUCCCAGAAUUGAAAGAUAGGGUUGGAGCAUUACUCACUGUCUAAGACUACUGUAAGUCUUGCAUUUACUACUAAGAGUUUACUGUCUUACUGACUAUCACAGUAUUAGUUAUCUAAAUAUUUCUGAGAAUACAACAGUUGGCCAGCUGGUGUAACAUAAAGACUACUGAUACUAAAUAGACAAUGGUUACUUUAAAAGAAAUCAAUUGUGUUGAUUACAGUACUGCCAUUUAUUUGAUAUUGUACUGUAGUACAGUUUGCCUUUUACAUAAUGAUUUUUCUUUCCAUUAACCCAUUAACACUAGUAUGUUCAUAUAUUCUUGCCAUAUACUAGAUGACCCAGUAAUAAUGUUACACAGAAUGAUAGUUUGUUCAUGUGAAUGGGAUGAAAAUUACCUCAAGGAGAAGAAAUUUUAAGUCCCCAAAUGCAUAUUAGCUUCCUUUCUCACUACAAAAAAACAUUAGGUACGUUCUUUCCAAAGUCACUCUGGUACACCUAUCUGUGAAAUGAUUCUCAGGUAGUGAGGGAGGUGCGGUAAAAAGAAAAUGGAUUUGAGGCUCCACAGAUAGGAUUACUGGUUACUGGAUGUUAUCUGUUGUGAACAUAAGGUUGGGAUUCUUGGGCAUACUGGAUUUGGUCUAUAGUAUUUGAAAUACAUCAUAGUCUGUUAUGUCAUGGGCAAACUGUAUGUUAUAUUUUUGAAAAUCAGAUAGAAUUGCUGUGUUCUUAUUUUCAGGUAUGUCAUAGAUAUUUAUGAUACAGUAUUUAUUAUUCUAAGUAAACAUUACUUUUAAAUCAUCCUCCCUAAGUUAUCGGGAAGUUCAAUUCAUAAUAUUGAGUUAUAGGACAGUAGGUAUUGUCUGAGUGCUUUAUGUUACCCGAAGUCACAGUUAAAAUCUAAAUGUUACACUUGGUCUGUAAGACAACUCUUGGUUUUGUAGGAAUUUUCCAGUGGCCCACUUUCUGUCUGAUUUGCCGACAUAUGUGGUACUGUAGCUUGUUCAUUAAUCUAAAGUAAAAAAAAUAUGUAUGUAUAAUUGCAGUAGAAUGACAAGUGGAGGGAUUAUCUCUUAGUUUUUGAUGGUCUUGUCUGUAUUUUAAGAUGGAUUUUGGCUUAUUUUCUAGCUGAAGAUGAGAUGUUUUCUGAUGAUAUUUAAGUGAUUUAAAAAGAAUUUUCUAUUGAAAGCUGACCAAGGCAAAAUAAAAACUUCUCUAUUUGCUGGCAGUGUGCAGAGUGCUAGAGCACAUAACAGCAUAUUGUGACAGUCUCCUAGGAAGUAACUGAUUUUGGGUUUUUAAUCUGAGAAGGAAAUGUACAGAUAUAUUAUUAUCUCCCUUGGCUGAUAGUGUUUUUUGGAUGCAACAGUAUACUAAGAGGAAAGUGUAUAUUACAGGAUUUUUACUUAUAGACUUAGAAUGCUGUUCCUUUUAUCAGUAAGUAGUCAUUAUUACCACAAUACCAUAUAAAAGUCUUGCUAUUGUGAUUCAUAAAAGAUAACUGCCACUAUGUGUUCAUACUUAGGAUAAUUUUAGCAGCUAUUAUUUGCCAAAUUAACAUAGAUUGACAAAUAUUAUAGUCCAUCCAAUACAACAGAUAUUUUGGAAGGCUUUCACUAACAAGCAGUACAAGUAUUACCUAUAAGAUUUUACCAAGCAGUAUUGGGUACCUCUUUAGGUAAAUGGGUCCUGUGCAUUUCAUGAAAAGUCUGGAUGCAGUGAGACAUCUGAUGCAAGACUCUGCCAUUUUAACAUUAGUUGUACCUCAUCACAAGACACUGAACACUCAGCACCAAAGAAGAUAGAUUUGAUCCAGAGUUUCUCAUUGUACAUUUGUUGUGCCUUAGUAAUAAUCUCAGAUAACACAAAAUGAAUGCAGAGUAUCUUGUUUAAGAUGUAGAGAUUUAGUUGUUUUUAUCUUAAUUUUUUUUUAUCUUACUGUAGUUUUGUUAAUAGGAUUUUUAGUCUACUUUGAUUCUGUUAUAUUACUAUGAAGUUCAGAGCAUUCCAAAGGUGCUAUGUUUUGCUUGCCAAUUCAGAUGUUAUCGAAGUCAUUAAUAUUUCAUAAGCAGCAAAGAAGAUUCCAGAUUGAAACAUUCUGUAAAAAAUAUGAGAAUUUGAGAUUGACUGUAAUUGCAAGAUAAAUAGGUAAAUAAAUUAAAUGACUAGUAAAAGAGGAAAAUAAUCAGACCUGUAUUGGCCUUAGGGAAUGCCUCCUGUUUAGGAGAUACACCAUUAUUCAGUCAUCCAGAUGUUAUAGGAUUGAAAAGGAUGGAAGAGAUUUUCUUUCAUUGUUAGAAAGCUUAAAUCAAGGUGAAAUUUAGAAGACCAUGUCAUUCAAUGGACAGCGGUGCCAUAUGCAUUGCCGGUUAAUUAAUUUCAUCAUUCUUUUUUUUGACAAACCCAUAUGCAUUUUUUGUGUUCAUGAAACGGUGGCUUGUUUUUGCUUGAAGUUAAGAAUCACAGUUCACCUGGCUGUUUCUAUACUAAAUCUUUUGUUUUAUUUGAUUGGUGUGAGCUAUAUAUAUAGAUAUGAAUAUAUAUUUUGUUUUGUUCAUAGAUUAGAUUUUAGAAAUAGGAAAUUAUUUGUGUAUAUGAUUUGCAAGUAUAGAGCAUGACAAGAUAGUGCAAUCCUUUAAUUUGUUUUGAUUUUUUUUGUUUUGUUUUGUUAUUUAUUUUCUUUAUCAUAAUGUUAUUAAAGAUUUUAUUUGCUCAGGUUUAAAGCCACCAUUAAUUGUAACUGAAGCAUACCUAUUUUGUAAAGAAAGAAUAUAAUCUUAUUAC